AUGAUCAACGGCACAAAGCUGCUCACAUUGGCUGGUAUGACAGCAGCACGCAAAGGCGCUUUGCUGAAGAGUGAGAAGACUAAACACGUGGUUAAACUCGGGCCAACACAUUUCAAAGGCGUCUGGAUUCCGUUCGAGCGUGCCUUGGAAUUGGCGAACGCGGAAAAGGUCGUCGACUUGCUAUAUCCCUUGUUCGUGGAUGACAUCGGGUCACUCGUAUAUCAGACUUUGGAUCAGAAGCUCACGCCUUAUAUCGACUCUCAACCCCAAUUCGAAAACGUGAAGGAAACGACUGGGAGUAGCAAAGCUAUACCAGUUCACUUUUCCUUGAAGAAAGAGGAGGACGAGCAUUCACAACCGCUCGCCCUGGACACUGUGCAACAUGUCGAGCUCCAGGAGCUAGGAAUUCUUGGGUCACUAUUCAGAUCUCUCACAGAGACGCUGGGACUCAUCAUGAAGGAGUUAAGGAGCCAAUCUAGUGAUGCUGAGCAUUACAUUUCUCUAGAGUCAACUUGCGCAACUUUGUUAUUCUGGGGUAACGAUCUUGGACUGCCGCGAGGCGAGCUCGACGAUGUGCUUCAGGGCUCUCCCCAAUUGCGCGACACUUGCCUAGCCGUUCUUGUAUCCAUCUCUCGAUUUGUGAGCACUUCUUUGAUACACCUUGUGAUCAGUGAGCAUCAUCGAAAAGAGAUUUUACAGUCUACCGAUUUUGCGACUGUCCUGGAACAAGUCACGGACAUGAUUGGUCGACAACAUGAUUACGCUUAUCAGCCCGAGCAAGACGCGGAGACAAUGUGUCAAACCCUCCGUACGAAGGUCGAUACACUGGUCAUGUUGGCACCCAGCCUGGAAUCACCGGCUGAAGAAAUUUUCGACGAAGAGAAGCCUCGUACUAUCCAAGACAUCGGAGAGACCCUACCGGAACAGGCCUACGCUAGCAGUGUUGCAGAAAAGUUCCCUUUCGCUCCACCAGAGAUGGUAGCCCAACUUGGGAGGUUAAACUGGGAUCGCUAUAAUCACAUUCUUCGUCUGCAACGGGAAGCAAUGAAGCAGGAGCUUCAAGAGACCACUCUCGAAAAAGCGAGAACCAUCUUCCACGACUCUGGUCUGGGUACAUCGGUACCAGCACAAACAAUUGCGGGAGUAAAAGCAGAACCUGUUUACGAACCCUCGAUGAUGUCGAGCAGGGCUGAGGCAAGUCACAAGCGUGUGCCACCACUGCCAGCCCAAGCGCGGUCUGGCGAACCUUUCAUAUGCGAGAUCUGUGAAAAGCAGGUGCGGUUCCAACGGACCAAAGCAUGGAAGAAGCAUGUCUUUGAAGACAUUCUAGCCUACGCUUGCUUCUUCGCCGAAUGCCACACCACUCGCGUCUUUUUUGAAAACGGCGAUGGGCUAAUGAGCCAUCUACAAGAUCAGCAUGGCAUGGACGUUCGAGUCUCAGACGUUACAUGCCCCUUGUGUGUUGAGUUUACUUCCAGAGACCGCGAUGUUUUAUCGCUCCAUAUUGCGCGUCAUAUGGAAGAAAUCGCUCUUGCGAUACUACCUUCCGGUGUUGAUUCUGAUGACGAGUCAGCAGACGGCUCAAGUGACCGCAGCAUUGCUCGGUCUGACGAAGACGACGUGUCUUCUUCGAAAGCAGACGGCAACGAUAAUGGAUCGUCUUCAGGUCCAUCGAAACCUGGAGGGAUGAAAAAUAUUAAGGCUUCGUUCCAGAGGCAUGGGCGACGUUACCAAAAGCAGACUAGUCCACAGUGGGAGGCAUUCGAAUACUCUCGCGAUGGCGUUGCGACAGAAUAUACCGUCCGGCGUGACAUCGAGACAGUUGACAUUGAGAGUUUACCUCUUGAAUUCAAAAGAGACAACUGCAUCUAUCCUCAGGCCCUGGGUCCAAGAGAUCGGUACAAGGGUGUUAAUCAGGACGAUGAGAAGCUGUUGAAUGCUAUUGGCUGGGCGCUAGCCGAACUGAAUCCAUCCCUUCAAGGUCGUCGAGGUGUACUGCAAAAAGCAGUGGAGGUUAUAUUUUGCUCAUUCAAACCGAGCGAAGCGCAUACUGCUGGUGUUCAAGAGCAAAGAACAGCACCUAUAUCGACGAAGGGUCGAUGCACGACACACGGAGGCGAUCACACUCAAGAGCGUAAUAUCAGCCUUCGUGAGCUAGAGUACGAGCCUCCGGAACCGUAA